CCUGAUCAACCCGACAGUAUAAUAUACCUUAACAAUCAUGUAAUGUUAUACUAAAUCUAUGUUGAUGAAGGAACACACUAAUAACUGAUAAGAUUAUUUUAUUGAAAAUAUGCAGUGUUUAUUUGACAGUUUUAAUAUACGUAUAGAAUCUUAAUACAACUAAAACUGAUGAGUAAUCUUAUGCAAACUUAAAGUAGACCUGUCCUUAUCCAAACUUUCUACGUGGUACUCAGCUGAGGACUUGAAUUUGAAACUAUUGCCACUUACUAUAUUAACUUGACAUUUGGCAUAUAUAUUCUUAAUUAUAUAUGCACUAGUUUUUAAGUCCAUCAAGAACUAUAUAUAAGGCAUGAAGAAACAUUGAAAACUCUCAAACAAGCAUAAUGGCAGACACAGGAAGAAGGGUGGUAGUGUGUGAUAACAGAUGUGGCUGCACUGUUCCUUGUGCUGGUGGUUCCACUUGCAGGUGCACAAGUAGUGAGGGUGGUGCAAGAAGUGAUCACUCGACAUGUCCAUGUGGAGAACACUGUCAGUGUAAUCCAUGUGGCUGUUCUAAGACUGUUGCUGCUGGAAGUGCUUGCAGGUGUGAUGCAAGCUGCACUUGUGCUUCUUGCCGCACUUGAAUUGAAGACAUGAGUGUGUGUUCUUAAUUACUCUAUAAGCAUCAUCUAUAAAUAAAAUGGUUUGUAGUAUCUAUAAUUAGUUACGUAUGAGUAUGAAUGUGUUAUGUUUGUUUGGUCAUAUAAAUGUAUCUAGAGGACUCAUAAUGAGUAACCAUGGCAUUACUAGAUGUUAUGCCUGUGGUUUGUUGUUGUACUCGAAUAAAAUUAAAUAUGAGAAAGUGGGUUUAUUAUUAA